CGUUAGUUGUUAAACAUCUCAUAUCCUAAAACGCCGUCGUUUUAGCUAUGGCGUUGAGCUCAGCUACUCUUAGACUUACCUCUUUAUCGUUCUCAGCGAAGAAGACGAAUCGAAACCCUAGAAAUCCAUCUCUCUCCUUCACCAUCACUAGCUCAUCGUCUUUUGACGAACCACCUAAACCUUCUCUUGCCUCUUCUACGCCACCUAUUCGCGUCUCAUCGAGCUCCACCCCCAAAGCUCGAUUCAUCGCUCGUCAGAAACAAUCCAUCUCCGUUCGUCAGCUCCAGCGACCUCUAAUUGAGUAUAUGAGCUUACCAGCAAGUCAGUACUCGGUGCUUGAUGCGGAGAGGAUUGAGAGAGUUGAUGAUAACACGUUCAGAUGUUAUGUUUAUACGUUUAAAUUCUUCAACUUUGAAGUCUGCCCUGUUUUGCUUGUCAGGGUUGAAGAACAGCCUAAUGGCUGCUGCAUCAAGCUCUUGUCCUGCAAGCUUGAGGGAUCCCCUGUUGUGGUUGCUCAAAAUGACAAAUUUGAUGCUUCUAUGGUGAACCGGGUAUCAUGUGAUAGCACUCAGGAAGGUACAUCAGAGCAACAAAUUAGUUCUGAUGCAGUCAUUGAGGUCAAUAUCGAGAUUCCUUUUGCAUUUAGAGUCUUCCCAGUGGGAGCAAUAGAGGCUACGGGGACACAAGUUCUUGAUCAAAUUCUUAAACUCAUGCUACCGCGAUUUUUGUCACAGCUCUCGAAAGAUUAUCAAGCAUGGGCUUCUGGAGACACUUCAAGGCAACCUCUUGGGACUGGCGAGAUCUGACAGUAAAGCAAAAGCUACUGUACCUGGUUCAACGAUCAUGUGCCUCCUCAAGUUCAAAUCGGGGAUGUUAGCUAAUUCUCGAUCUUUUUUAAUGUGUUAUUCGGGUAAAAUGAUCACAAAUGAAUCUGUAGUCUCUGGAAUUUCAACCAUUUUCAAUAGAAUACGUUUGUUUGU